GUCGCUCCGGAGUUGCCGCAGCGUUCAGAAGGUGAGGGGGCCGCUGCGGCGGCGUCAAGAUGGCGGCGGCGGUGGCGGCGGCGGCAGCUGCUGCGGCCGCGGCUGCAUCUCUUCAGGUGCUGGAGAUGGAGAGCAUGGAGACUGCCGCCGCCAGUUCCGCGGGCCUGGCCGCCGAGGUCCGAGGCAGUGGCACGGUGGACUUCGGGCCCGGGCCCGGGAUCUCCGCCAUGGAGGCGAGCGGGGGCGAUCCGGGCCCAGAGGCCGAGGACUUCGAGUGCAGCACUCACUGCUCCGAGUUGUCCUGGCGGCAGAACGAGCAGCGGCGUCAGGGCCUGUUCUGCGACAUCACCCUGUGCUUCGGUGGAGCCGGAGGUCGCGAGUUCCGUGCCCACCGCUCGGUGCUGGCCGCCGCCACCGAGUACUUCACGCCCUUGCUAUCAGGCCAGUUUUCCGAGUCGCGCUCAGGCCGGGUGGAGAUGCGCAAGUGGAGCUCGGAGCCGGGACCAGAACCUGACACGGUGGAAGCCGUUAUCGAGUACAUGUACACUGGACGCAUCCGAGUGAGCACCGGCAGCGUCCACGAGGUGCUGGAACUGGCAGACAGAUUCUUAUUAAUUCGUUUAAAAGAAUUUUGUGGAGAAUUUCUGAAGAAAAAACUUCAUCUCUCAAAUUGUGUGGCCAUUCAUAGCUUAGCCCACAUGUACACCCUAAGCCAGCUUGCUCUGAAAGCUGCAGAUAUGAUCCGGAGAAAUUUCUAUAAAGUCAUUCAGGAUGAAGAAUUUUAUACUUUACCUUUCCAUCUCAUUCGAGACUGGCUUUCGGACUUAGAAAUUACCGUGGAUUCUGAAGAGGUUCUUUUUGAAACGGUUUUGAAGUGGGUUCAGAGAAAUGCUGAAGAGAGAGAGAGAUACUUUGAAGAACUUUUUAAAUUGCUCAGGUUGUCCCAGAUGAAACCCACCUACCUUACACGGCAUGUCAAACCAGAGCGACUGGUGGCCAAUAAUGAAGUUUGCGUCAAGCUGGUGGCUGAUGCAGUGGAGAGGCAUGCACUCAGAGCAGAGAAUAUACAGUCUGGCACACUCCAGCACCCCGCUUCCCAUGUCUCACUCUUACCUCGCUAUGGACAAAACAUGGACGUAAUCAUGGUUAUUGGAGGUGUGUCAGAAGGAGGAGACUAUUUAAGUGAAUGUGUGGGAUAUUUUGUUGAUGAGGACAGAUGGGUAAAUCUGCCCCACAUUCAUAAUCACCUUGAUGGACAUGCCGUUGCAGUAACAGAAUCUUAUGUGUAUGUUGCUGGCUCAAUGGAACCAGGGUUUGCUAAAACUGUGGAAAGGUACAACCCAAACUUGAAUACAUGGGAACAUGUUUGUAGUCUGAUGACAAGAAAGCAUUCUUUUGGGCUAACAGAAGUCAAAGGGAAGCUGUAUAGCAUUGGAGGACAUGGCAAUUUUAGCCCUGGCUUUAAAGAUGUGACUGUUUACAAUCCUGAGCUUGAUAAAUGGCACAACUUAGAAUCAGCACCAAAGAUUCUUCGAGAUGUCAAAGCACUAGCCAUUGAAGACCGGUUUGUGUACAUUGCUGCCCGCACUCCUGUGGACCGGGACACUGAGGAUGGAUUGAAGGCUGUAAUUACUUGCUAUGAUACAGAGACUCGACAGUGGAAAGAUGUGGAAUCCUUACCACUUAUUGACAAUUACUGUUUUUUCCAGAUGUCUGUGGUCAAUUCAAACUUUUAUCAGACAGCAUCAUGCUGUCCCAAGAGUUAUUCUUUAGAAAACGAAGAGGCAGUAAGAAAAAUUGCCAGUCAGGUAUCUGAUGAAAUCCUUGAAAGCUUGCCUCCAGAAGUUCUAAGCAUUGAAGGAGCAGCCAUUUGCUACUACAAAGAUGACGUCUUCAUUAUUGGAGGCUGGAAAAACAGCGAUGACAUUGACAAACAGUACCGGAAGGAGGCCUACCGAUACUGUGCUGAGAGAAAGAGGUGGAUGCUGCUUCCUCCCAUGCCUCAGCCCCGUUGUAGGGCCACCGCAUGUCACGUCAGGAUCCCCUACCGGUAUUUGCAUGGCACACAGAGAUACCCUAUGCCUCAAAACUUAAUGUGGCAGAAGGACCGCAUCAGACAGAUGCAAGAGAUACACCGGCACGCCCUGAACAUGCGUAGAGUGCCAAGUUCCCAGAUUGAAUGCUAAGCUCGCCAACAUGUACAGCUGGGAACUGUUCUCCCUGUUCUACGAGGCUGGAAAUGCUUGGACUGUUACUUGGAAAAGUAUGUCAAUAACUUAUUUUCUACUUGGACUUAUUACCCUAUAUAAAGGAAGUUAAUUAAAAAACAAACAGGAAACUCAGUUUAGUGUGGUAGUUUUUGUUAGCUUGCAGUUUUGUCUUUGAGUUUGUGCUAGCAAAUAAGAUCUUAUUAAAGAGAAGUAGGAGAAAGCAGGUCUAGUUACUUGGCCUUUCUUCUGCCAACUAUAACUCCUUUGUUUUAGGGACUUCCACUUGGGGCUUUAAGCACCAGUGUUAUUUGCACAUUUACUUUGAUAUUCCUUUACAUUUUGUAUGGAUUGUUUGUUUUCAGUGAUAACAGUUUAUGCAUUAAGCUCUCAUCUGCAAUGAGGCAUGUGCAAUAGCGAGACUGGAUCUGAAGGGAAAAGCACAAUGUUUCAGCAAGAUUGAUCUCAGAAUGUUGGCACUGAUGUUUUGUUGUAUGUGUUUUAUCUACAAAUGGUGUUUUUGUUCAUUGGAAAGGGUGGCUGAUGAGAAGUUUGUGUUUGGCACGUCAUCUGGUUUGUUUUGUUUCUUCCACAGCUGUUGAUAGACUUGAAGCCAUCAUUCUGAGAUGAGAAUUGGGAAGGUAUUAAUAUUUAGCUGAUUGACUAGAGAGGAAGUUACAGGUGAAGUUAGUUUCUCUAAGAAAAAAAAGUGUUCAGUGUAACUGAGAAAGCAAGUGAACAAACAUUUUGAAACACUUUGAAGAGCUGUGACUGUGUUGAUGAGGAUGCAUCAUGCCCAUGACAAUCAACACUCGAUGCCUUCAGUUCAUUUUUUAUUCCAUUGCAUAUUAUAUAGGCUCUUCAUCAGUUCUUUCCACCAGAAAAGCUUUCAAAUUGGCAAGGAAGUAACAGUUUAGAAAGUACUCCUAAGAGAAGCCACGUUAUUUCUGGCCCCUGAUUGUCAUAUUUUCCUGGAUUGCCCUAGAUUUUAUUGGAACUUAGAGCCUAGAAUACCAAAUCUGAGUACAUAGUUUUGGCUUUUAAAAAUUUAAGGUUUUCACAUAACACAUUUAAUAGGAAAUUAUCAAAGUGUUUUAUGAUCAGUUCAAUGACUAUCAUCUUUCAGAAAAGGUUUUUAAUCUGUACAUACUUUUAUUACUCUCCCUAAAGUAGUCUUUUUAAUUUUUUGAGACAAGGUCUCGCUAUGAAGUCUUGGCUGGCCUAGAACUCACUAGGUAGACUAGGCUUUGACCAUAUAUAGAUCCUGAGGGAUAAGCUUCCAAGGACCAAGAAUCAUUUCAACAGCAGCUACUUCUACUGUUUCUGUUACAGAUUUUCUGUUUUUGUUGAGUUUCUGUGACAGUGAUACUGUACAUUCACAUUCCUUAAUUGUUUGUAUUUAUUAGCAUUCUCUUGAGCUGUUAUUUUAGAGCUCUAAUAUUCAAGAUCUAUCAUUCUCAUUGAGUCCCAUCAUCUCCUAGUGUCUGCAUGUUCUGCCUUUGCUGAUUUUACCCCAUGUUUUUGUGUAUGGUAUUGGAUUAGUUCUUCUCUUUACACUGUCUUUUGAGCCUUGUGUAGGUAUCACAUUGCUUUUGCACUAAUACUAAGUGUAAUACUAAGUCCCUGCUCAGUACGUUGGCUUUUUUCAUUCAUCUGUAGAUGCUUGGAAUGUCUGGUUUCCCAUUCUUUAGAAAUCAGGGUCUGAUUUGUUCUUAGUUUCUGAACUCCCUUGUACAGGACUUUAGUCUUGGAAUGCUCAGGCUUAAGCUUUUGUGAGUAAUCCUGAUAUCACUGGAGCAUUAUACAAGUUCUCUUUGUGAAUCCUGUCAUCAAAGAAACAUCAUUAUUUCUCCUUUGUGUUUUUGUUUUAAUGCAAAUCUCAAAUUGCAGAGAUUUUCCCCUUUCUCUUCAUAUAAUCUAACCUGUAAUCUUGCUGGUUUUAUUUUACCUUUUUGUUUUGUUUUGUUUGUUUGUUUGUUUUGUUUUA